AUGGCCACAUCCAGGGGCCUCGAUGCCAGUGCCGACUGUUCCCUGCACGCUUCCACGUGCACGCCAACAUUGCAAGACCGUGUCACGGACCGAAACAGCUACAGUGAUGGCACACCUGAGGUGAACACAACUCUGGCAGCAUCCAGGCCCCUGACAGGGCAAGUGCAUGUGGAAUCUGGAAACUUCACAGCUGAGCCUACAAAGGUGCUCGUGGCGCUCAGAAGGGGUUCUGGAUCCAGUGGUAGGAAGUCAUUUCAAGCAGCUCGUGAACAUUCACAGAAGCAGCUCAGGAUCCUGCUGCUUCUUUGUCCAGCAGGCAUCAGGCCCCAGGCUGGAGGCCACGUGCCAGGCUGGCAGGAUUUGUCCACUGUGAAGCUCGACACCCCCUCAGUGGAUGUGGAAUUUAAUCUGGCAGAUACUUACAUGGCUGCUGGAUGGUUUUGUCAGAUUGCUUCCAAGGCUGCCCUCUUCGCCGUGGCUGCCGAGUGCAGAGCUGGGCAUUCGAGUGGGCAGAGUGGUGCUCGGCUUCCCUGCAUCUCCUGGGCCAUGUGUGCUGACCCGUGCCCACUGCAUUGCUCCUGUGUGCCCUGCACAUACGACUGUGUCUUUCCCGUGUAUUCAACACUGCUUCAUGUCUUCCAGUUCUGCUUUGUGGUUUGUGACUGA